AUGAGCAGGCCGAUCAAUACCCCCGUUGUAACGUCGCCGCGCCGAGAAGAGCCGGUUGCCAACCAGCCACCAACCACCUCGAACGGUCAAUCGGCGCCGCUUUCUUCUUCGGUCCGCUUUCAUCUCGACUUGCAUGCUGACCGAGCCAACACAUCCAUCGACAGCAUCGAGUUCAAUCGUCCUGUAGCCUUUCCCAAUCACAGCAACGACAUAGAAGAAGCAAGCUCCGAAGAUGGCGGUAUCUAUCAGCACUACUCCCACCCGCACACCGACCACGGACGAAGAACCAGUUCGUCUUUCGGCAUUGUAAACCCAGCCCACGGCUUUCCUUCUUCCUCGGCCUACAACUACAAAGCCAUGAUAAGCAAACACGGUCACGGCUUCCCCGACAGAGCCGAUUCCGUCCGCAACAUCUCUGCGCUCGCCAACCUGGUCGAUUACAGAUCCAACUACUACGAGGAUCACCGCGUUAGCGAAGAAGAGAUCAAGCACCGCACCAAACAUCUCGGCUGGGCGAAAGCAUCUGCCGUCUGCGACUACUACGAACGUCUCAACGACACACUCGACGGAUGGAGAGAGGUUGACGAGAUCCUUGACUCUCGCUUUCCGGACGAAGUCAUGCGUCGCUUCAACCAGCACGACGAGCUUCAAGCCAAAAAGCAACGCCGCUCCAAACCCUCCUCGAAAAAGUCGAAGCGCAAAAACAAGAGCAUCUCGGCCCAAAUGGGACGCAAGACGCCGGUAGAGAGCGACGGCAACGUUUCCGACGAGGAGGAGACCGAGGAAGAGGACAGAGGUAGACGAAAACGUUCACUCAAGCGCAGCUUCAGCGCAAAGGCCAUCGAUGCCUUCAGUGGUCUCUGGUUCGCUGCUUCGGGCAGUCCAAAUGCUUCCAAUAGGUCCGAUCUCGAACACGGUCAUUCUUCGCAUUCCCACUCUCACGAUCACCGCCCAUCCAAGGCUACCGCGUUUGACUUGACAUCCGCCACCGAGGAGGACGAAGACAACUCGUUCCAACCUCUGUCAAGCUCACCCGCUGGUGCCAGCGCCACUCGGACCUCUUCCGCCCAUCGCGAUUACGGCGCCACCUCGGCAUCCAGCGCUGGCCAACUCUACGACAAGCUUCGACGCCAAGGUCGCAUCGAGCAGAUUCGUCGCUCCGAGUCACAGCUUGCUCUGUCGUCGGGUGCCAGUUCCCCCGCCCUGACCAGCGGCACCCACACUCCCCACGAUGGCAUCUCAUCCUCCGCCUCCAAAACCGACACAAUACGUCCAAGCCAAGUCGAGAACAUCCCGGAACACGUCGUACAAGGCGUACCAGGCGCCGCCGACAACCAAACUCAAGGCACCAAAGUGGUCUACUCUUCGCACGAACAAGGCAGUCUCGAUCGCAACUAUAGCCGAGAGCGUCACCAUCGUCCGUUUGCCUCGCAGGAGGAAGAGAGGCGAGCACUGCUCAGCACGGUACCCAAUCGCGCCAAGGAGGAGGAGACCUCGCGUUCCGUCCAAUUCGCCAUCAACAUCAAUCUCAUCAUCAACAUUCUCUUGCUUGGCGGCAAAGGUGUCGCGGUGCUCUCGUCCAAUUCGGUCUCUCUGAUCGCAUCAUUUGUCGACAGUGCUCUUGACCUCUUGUCGACUAUCAUCAUCUUUGCAACGUCGAAAGCCAUCGCGUACCGUUCGUGGAGGACCAUGUACAAGUAUCCCGUCGGCAAGCAGCGUCUCGAACCGCUUGGUGUCGUCAUCUUUUCCGUCCUCAUGAUCGCUUCCUUUGUGCAGGUGUUUAUCGAAUCUGCUGGUCGUCUGCGACAGGUGCUGCUUACGGGCGAGCAAGAUCCGGAAUCAGCCGCCAACCUGCCUCUGAUCGGAGUUGCCUUCAUGUUGGCCACGAUCGGCAUCAAGACUGUCAUGUGGCUACUGUACCGCUCUUCGAAGUCAUCGGGCGUUCGAGCCGUGGCGCAGGAUGCUGAGAACGACGUCGUGUUCAACAUUGCCUCGCUCAUCUUCCCCAUUCUGGGCUCCAGGCUCGGCUGGCCGGCACUUGAUCCAAUCGGGGGUAUCGCUCUAUCGGUCUACAUCAUUUACGAGUGGAUUGAGACGCUUUGGGAGACCGUCUCCAAGCUUUCCGGCGCUGUUGCUUCGGCGACCGAAAUUUCUAAGUGUCUCUACUGCGUUGUUCGCUUCAACUCGGUCAACAGCGUCUCGGCCUUUGAGCUUUUUCAUUCGGGCGACAAUCUGAUUGUGGAGGCCGACAUUGUGCUGCCUCACUCAAUCUCACUGAAAGAGUCGCACGAUCUCGGCGAAAUUAUCACCUACUGUACCGAAAACAUCACAGGCGUCGAGCGCUCCUACAUUCACCUCGAUUACAAUCCCAAGGGUCAGGCAGGCCAUCUUGCCCAACGCGGCUGA